GUGGAUGAUUUCUCCUCUCGCAAUUGGACCUUUCUUUUGAAGUCGAAAUCUGAUGCUCUCGAGUUGGUCAAAGGCUGGCACGCGCGCACCGCGCGCCAGGUCGGAUAUUCUCUCGGCACCCUGCGCAUUGACAACGGCAAACUCAAGUCAUCCGCCUUCGACUCCUUCUGCGCCUCCUCUGGCAUCACUCUCGAGUACACUGCUCCCUACACGUCGGCUGAAAAUGGGAAAGUCGAACGAAUGCACGGAACACUUAUGGGGUGUGCCCGUGCUAUGCGCGAAGCCUCUGGCUUGCCGCUGACACUGUGGGGUGAGUUCGCCCUCACAGCCGGCUUCCUCGCCAACUAUAUUCCGUCCGCAUCUCUUCCCCGAGGCAUUACACCGCUCGAGCGCUGGUAUGGUCGCAAACCGGAUGUCUCCUUCCUGCACGAGAUCGGCUGCACGGCGUACGCACUGAUCCAGAACGUGCACAAUCCCAAGAUUCUUGGCUGUUCCAUCCGAUGUGUACUUGUCGGUUACGAAUCGCACUCGAAGGCGUACCGGCUCUGGCACCCUGAAGGCCGCCGUCUCAUCUCCACGCGAAAUGUUUGUUUC